AACCUCAGCGUAGUUCCUAACACUACACUCUUCCGCCGAUUAUUUCUCCAAACCGAUUAUUCUUCUUCUGUGCCCUAGCGCCUUUUCCUCCGCCGUCAACCACCGUAUCCCUCCCGCUUCCGGCACCGAUCGAACAGUCUCCGGCCAAGUUCAGUUCUUGCUUGCGAAAAUUCUCGGAAUAUUUUGAAUCCAGGAAAUCAUGCACGCGCCAGUUCUAGUUCUCAAGGACUCUUUGAAACGGGAGUCUGGAUCUAAGGUCCGCUAUGCUAUUAUUCAGGCGGCGAAGGCUGUUGCUGAUGUAGUCCGAACAACGUUGGGACCUAGGUCCAUGCUAAAAAUGCUUCUUGAUGCUCAAGGAGGAAUUGUGGUUACAAAUGAUGGGAAUGCUAUCUUACGUGAAUUAGACCUUGCUCACCCUGCUGCAAAGUCUAUGAUUGAAUUAAGUCGCACCCAAGACGAAGAAGUUGGAGAUGGAACAACAUCUGUCAUCAUUCUUGCUGGUGAGAUGCUUCAUGUCGCCGAUGCAUUCAUUGACAAAAUUCACCCUACAGUUAUUUGCCGAGCAUAUGCCAAAGCUUUGGAGGAUGCUAUUGCUGUUCUUGACAAAAUUGCAAUGCCUAUCAAUGCUCAGGAUCGAGGUAUAAUGCUGGGGCUUGUAAAAAGCUGCAUAGGUACCAAAUUCACAGGCCGAUUUGGGGAUUUAAUUGCUGACUUGGCUAUUGAUGCUACUACAACAGUAGGUGUUGAGGUUGGCCAAGGUUUGAGAGAUGUGGAUAUUAAAAAUUAUAUCAAAGUUGAGAAGGUCCCAGGUGGGCAGCUAGAAGAUUCAAGAGUUCUCAAGGGAGUUAUGAUAAACAAAGAUGUGGUUGCCCCUGGCAAAAUGAGGAGAAAGAUUGUUAAUCCACGUAUCAUUCUUCUUGAUUGUCCCCUUGAGUAUAAAAAGGGUGAAAACCAAACAAAUGCUGAACUGCUCAAAGAAGAAGACUGGAGUCUCUUAUUGAAGAUGGAAGAAGAAUAUAUUGAGGAGCUAUGCAUGCAGAUAUUGAAGUUUAAACCAGACUUGGUAAUCACAGAGAAGGGUCUGAGUGAUUUGGCUUGCCAUUAUCUCAGCAAGCAUGGAGUUAGUGCAAUCAGGAGGCUGAGGAAAACUGAUAAUAAUAGAAUUGCAAAGGCUUGUGGUGCUGUUAUUGUGAAUAGACCAGAUGAAUUGCAGGAGUCUGAUGUUGGUACUGGCGCUGGGUUAUUUGAGGUUAAGAAAAUUGGGGAUGAGUACUUUGCAUUUAUUGUUGAUUGCAAAGAACCCAAGGCUUGUACUGUUCUACUAAGGGGUGCUAGUAAGGAUCUAUUAAAUGAAGUUGAAAGAAACCUACAGGAUGCCAUGUCUGUUGCAAGGAACAUUAUAAAAAAUCCAAAACUUGUUCCUGGAGGUGGUGCUACAGAGUUGACAGUGUCAGCUGCCUUGAAACAGAAGAGUUCAUCUAUUGAGGGCAUAGAGAAGUGGCCUUAUGAAGCUGCUGCCCUAGCUUUUGAAGCCAUACCACGAACUUUGGCACAAAAUUGUGGAGUAAAUGUGAUCCGGACUAUGACUGCUCUACAAGGAAAACAUGCAAAUGGAGAAAAUGCGUGGAUUGGUAUAGAUGGAAAUACUGGUAGUAUCACUGACAUGAAAGAGUGCAAGAUCUGGGAUGCCUACAAUGUGAAGGCACAAGCAUUUAAGACUGCCAUUGAAGCUGCUUGCAUGCUUCUGAGGAUUGAUGAUAUAGUGAGUGGGAUCAAGAAGAAACAGGCCCCUGGAGCCACUCCUUCAAAACCCAAGGUUGAGACCGAGGCAGAUGCUGACAGUGAGCAAAUCCUUCCCGAUUGAGAAUCUUGUUUCAACUGACAUUGUUUUUUGGUAGAGUUGAUGAUGUGUUAGGUUCUUAAUCUUCCUUAAAUUUUAUCACUAUUCUUAGAAGUUGAAUCCUUUAUUGGGAUUUUUUUUGUGUCUUGUACUGUUUGCAAGAGCUAAUUGUGUACUUCGUUGAUGUUAAAGACUUGAUUAACUGGCGUAUGCUUUAUUGGGUGUUCUCGGUUCAUUAUCUUGAGAUUUUGUGCCAGGGUCAAACUGACCAGUUUCACCAAUUCUGUUGAGCUGCUUCUGGUUUUUCAUCCUAUUCAUUCGUGAAAUGUUUUCUUCAUCUUAAUAUAUAAGCACUCCAUUGGAACUUGUUCCGGUAAA